AUGGUAAGCAAGCCCCAUUACGACAUUGCACUGUCCAAGAGAACCAGGAAGCCACUGAAUGAUCCCCAACAACCUGAGUCUAAUGACAAGGAAUUUGAAACCGAGGAUCAUAAAAGCUUGAAGCAACUCAUCAAUGGCGAUGAAACGGGCGGUAACACAACUUCACUGGGCCGGCACUUCUCGGAAGAGGAGCAACAUCUGCAGCUGGUGAAGAAAAACCAACAGUAUAACAAUGGGGAAAAGCUCAAAGGAAUGAUGAGUCGCUAUGCCAAAGUUUUGAGCCAUUUGGUCAAAGUUAAACGGGAGCCCGGUUUGGGGUCCAAGAAAAAACAUCUUCUCCGGCUAACCAACAUAGUCUAA